GUGUCUCACGUUCUCGACAUCUUGAUCCCAGCUCGUGUGCAGCAGCCUCCGCGUUUCCGAGCCCCAACAACAUUUCUGGCGCCUCUAAUACGCCCAGAUAGCCGUUCGCUUUUCCACCGGAACAUUAGCUGUCGAGGUUCGCGAGAACUGGAAGGAACAAAACUCUAAAUAUCGCAACCUUAUCAUGGCGUGAUUUACUCCUGCCUCCUCACACACACGACAACCAAUAGCGCAUAAUUGCGCGCGCUCCGGAGACAACCGAAAAGUAAAGCCAGCAGCUUCCAGCGUGUCCUUGCUAUCUUGUAUCUGGGCUGCGUACGCGUACUCCAACUCUCAACCCUCACCAACCAUCUAUCGCUAUCCACAUACAAACUCGCUCUGAAUAUAUAUACAACAUCGCAAACAUAGCAGCCUGCGAGGCGAUAUACCCACCAUGGCGAAAGACAAGAAACCCCUUGCGGUUAUGAACAAGGUGGUAUAUGACAGCUUUCUGUCGACCUUCUCUCUCCUGGUGGAGCUCUUCUUCAGAGAGGUACAUCCCAGGAGUAGCUGGAAAGUGCCAAAGGAAGGCCCCGUCAUAUUCGUAUGCGCGCCACAUGCUAAUCAGUUCGUCGACCCGCUCAUGUUGAUGCGCGUCGUCAAGAAGUACUCGGGGCGCCGCAUCCAGUUCCUCAUAGCCGACAAGUCGAUGAAGCGGAAGUUUGUAGGCGCAAUGGCAGGCCUGACAGGUGUUGUGCCUGUGGGCAGGGCAAUGGACCAAACCAAACCAGCCGAAGGCAAAAUUUACCUCCCCGACCCCAUCAACGACCCAUGUAUAGUUCGGGGCGUUGGCACCAACUUUGAAGAUGCCAAUUUCCAGGUUGGCGGUUCGCUCGUGCUUCCAAAGGUCGACAACAAAGCAGCCACUGCGGAGAUUCUGGAGAUCAAGGGCCCCGAGGAGAUCAGGCUGAAGCGAUCCUUCAAGGGAGGAGUUGCCAUGCAGCAACUCACGGGUCGCAAUGAUAUGACCAAGAACGGCACUUUCGUCGAUGGAGCUGCCGAGAAGAAGGGCACUGCCGAUGGGUUCGAGGGCAUCAAUUUCUUGGUUGCACCCAAGCUUGAUCAGUCAGAAGUCUACGAUGCUGUCCAUGCUGUGCUUCACAACGGUGGAAGUGUCGGUAUUUUUCCUGAAGGUGGCAGCCAUGACCGUACCGACCUUCUACCUCUGAAAGCCGGUGUUGCUAUCAUGGCUCUUGGUACCGUGGCUACCCGGCCCGAUUGCAACCUGAAGAUCAUUCCGGUUGGCAUGAACUAUUUCCAUGCUCACAAGUUUCGAUCCAGGGCCGUUAUUGAGUUUGGCACUCCUAUCGAUGUCCCGGCAGAACUCGCACAGAAGUUCAGUGGCCCUGGGCGUCGAGACGCUAUUAGCGAGUUUCUGGAGUCGGUUCGCCAGGGUCUUCUUGGAGUGACUGUCACUGCGCCCGACUAUGAUACACUCAUGGUCAUUCAAGCUGUUCGUCGUCUCUACAACACCAAAGGCACAAAGCUUCCGUUACCUAGGGUGGUUGAGCUCAAUCGCCGUCUUGUACAAGGCUACGAACGCUUCAAAGAUGAUCCACGCAUCAUUGAACUUAAGAAGGAGGUGGUGAAAUACAACUCAAAACUUAGGGCAGUUGGGAUUAGUGACCAUCAGGUGCAGCAUGCCAAGAUACAUCCGUUCCGCGCCUUCCUCCUGUUCUGGUACCGGGCCUUGAAGUUGAUCGUCCUUACACUCUUCGUCCUCCCCGGAACCAUACUCUUUGCGCCAGUGUUUAGUGCGUGUAAGCUGUACUCGAAGAAGAAGGCUAGGGAGGCACUCGCAGCUUCCAACGUCAAAAUCCAAGCCAGAGACGUCAUGGCCACCUGGAAGCUCCUCGUCGCUAUGGCCGUUGCUCCUACUGUCUACUUCUUGUAUGUUUGCAUUGGUCUCUACUGGUACUCGGCUAGCAAUUGUUGGGGUUACCUUCCUUCUGGCAUUAGGAAGCGAUACCUGGUCAUCGCCCAGAUGAUCUUCUACCCCACGGUCACGUAUGCGGCGCUCCGCUUUGGCGAAGUGGCAAUGGAUAUUCUCAAAUCUCUGGGUCCCCUCUGGAAGAUGACGAAUCCGUUCUCCAACAGCGAACUUGCGAAACUCCAGUCCCGCCGUGAAAACCUUGCCGUUCGUGUCAACGACAUAAUCAACACUCUCGGUCCGGAGAUGUACGAGGACUUUCACGCAAAGCGCAUCAUUCAGGACCCCUUCAGCCACGUCUCAGAUCCAAGCGAACACCAACAACACGAGAAAGAAGCCACACCCAAGACUCCUACGCGCAAAUCUACUAUCGCCCCUGAAUCGACCUCGCCUGAACACCAGAUCCCUCGCAACGAGUCUUUCGAAGACCUUACCAACCAAGACAUCUUCUCGUCCGGUCCACAUACGCCGAAGAAGAGCCGCAGCAGGAAUUCGAGUUCGGCGAACCUUGGGUUCCAGCUCAAGCCGUUCAGCACAAUUGAUGGGAAUCUCGAUGAGGUGAGGAAGAGGCUGAAGGACGGGGUGAGGGACCGGACAAGAAAGAGGAGGAGCAGUGGGAUGGGUUCGGAGAGUGGGGAAGAGGGUGAGGAGGAGGGUUUGAGCUUUGGGAAGAGAAAGUAGGGUUGAUAUAGAGAGAGGAGAACAUCAAGAGGGAAGAGGCUAAUCGUUUCAAGGUGGAAAAGUUUGAGCAUUGGGCGCGGUGAUACCACUUCUUUGAGACUUGUGUCUUUUCCUUGCUGGUGGAAAGUAGUUUAUAAUAGAAUCGUACAUGAGGAUUUUUACUAUAUGUUUUCGAGGAGUACGAACAUGACAAAAGAAAAUUGACCCGUUAUAU